ACCAUCUGCACCAACGUGAAACCUUUCAGUGUGUUCUAUAGAGUUGUUCAUUCGAGAAAGUCUGCCAGCCAGACGACGAUACAAAAUUGAAACAAUUGUAGCGACUGAACUAAAACAGAAGAGGAGUCCAGAAAGACAUUCAUUUGUAGCCUAAAUUGUAAGACACCAUGACUUAAACUUUUUUCGGUGUAGAUAUUCCAGUAAUACUUGUGUUGUUUGUGAGGCGGACAGUGUUUCGACACCAUGCCCUGUACCAACAAUCUAAUUUGGGAUAUUAGGAAACGCACCAUCGGUUCCAACAAAAUAAACAACUUUACAAGGAGUAACUACUUAGGAAGAAAAGAGUUUGUUCAAAGGCUGAAACUUGAAGCCAGUCUUGAUGUACACGAGGGCUCUGUCAAUACGAUAUGCUGGAACGACACAGGAGAAUACAUCUUAUCUGGAUCAGAUGAUGACAAAUUGGUCAUCACGAACCCAUAUAGCCGGAAAGUCAAGGCAUCCAUUACAUCAUGGCAUCGAUCCAAUAUCCUCAGUGCCAAGUUCAUGCCCCAAACCAACGACAGAAUGAUCGUGUCCGCAGCAGCCGACGGCAAGAUCUUCCUCACCAACGUAGAGAGGGGUUCCAACAUGGACCCGGUGUUGCAGUACCACUGUCAUAACGGUGCCGCCUACGAGAUAUUGAUGGUACCUAGUGACCCUCAUUCUUUCCUGUCCUGUGGAGAGGAUGGAACAAUCCGGUGGUUUGAUGUCCGAGUUUCUCCGGGCUGCUGGCAAACUAACUGUAAAAAGGACAUCCUGAUUGACUGUCGGCGAGCAGUAACAUCCAUGGCCAUAUCCCCUGUGGAAUCCUUCUAUCUGGCUACUGGCUGCUCUGACAGCUCAGUCCGUAUCUAUGACAGGAGAAUGCUGGGUACCAUAGCAACAGGUUUCCAGACAGGAAGCGGGGUGGCAGGAAUGUGUGCGAGGUUCGUACCGAGGCACCUGGUCAACAAGUCAUGUCGCGUGACCUCAUUGGCCUACAGUAGGGACGGCAGGGAGGUGCUAGCCAGCUAUGCCUCAGACUGUCUCUACCUGUUUGACCCUAAAGAUGACAAGGGACACGAGCUGAAGGGACCGUCGCAGGAUAACAAGCAGAAGGAGACUCAGCAGAAGCGUCUGCGUCUGAAAGGAGACUGGUCAGACACUGGACCCCUGUCACGGCCAGAGAGCGAGAGGGAGAGGGAUGGAGAGUCCAGGCCUGGAGUGUCUCUGAUGCAGAGGAUGUCAGACAUGUUGUCACGCUGGUUUGAGGAUGCCAGUGAGGCCCAGAACAACAGAGGAGCCCGUCCACAGCCACGACCCAGGGUAGACCCUGCAGCAGCUCCACAAGGUAGUGGGCUUCACCAGGAGGCUAUGGUGCUAGGGAAUCCAGCCCCGUCUCAACCAACAUCAACAGCCAGCUUCUCCUCCUCCUCCAUGGAGAGCCCGAGGAGCCGUAGGAGUGGCACGGGGACAGGAAGUCUCCAACCGUCUCCUGGGGAACCAGUUCUGAGUCUGACAUACAGCAACCAGGGCACCACUAGCAGCACCAUCCAACUGGACUUCUCCAGCGGUGGCGCCAGCGAUCAGGGGGAACCCCCGCGGAUCAGGAGCCCAGAGCAGGUGUCCGACACCAGGCAGAUCUCAUCCCUCAGCCAGUCGGAGGUGGAGGGCAUGGGAGAGGAGCCCACACCACAGCCCCCUGGGGAAUGGAUGCAAAGAUUUAAUUUGAGAGGAUCAGAAUUAGGGGAAAGAGUACUCAGACAUGUUGUAUAUCCUUCCGAAAGGCGCUCUGCUGCUGCGCGGAUCCAGGAGAUUUUUCGGCGGCGGAAAGAGAAGAAAGAGUUGGCGGAUUGCGAGACUCGCCGUAUUGGGAAGCCCUCAGUAGAAAAGGUCUACAAGGGCCACCGUAAUUCCAGGACGAUGACCAAUCAGUGUUGUUUCUGGCGUGACCAGUUUGUGCUGAGCGGCUCAGACUGUGGUCAUAUCUUCAUCUGGGACCGAGAGACAGGGGAACACCUAAUGCUGCUGGAGGCAGACCAGCACGUUAUCAACUGUCUGCAGCCACACCCCUACGAACCACUGUUAGCCACAUCAGGGAUAGAUUCCAACAUCAAGAUCUGGUCACCGAUGGAGGAAUCCCCAUCAUUCAACAGAGUACUCGCUGAAGAGGUGACCUUCCGUAAUGAACUGAUGCUGGAGGAGACCAGGAACACUAUCACUGUACCUGCCUCAUUCAUGCUGAGGAUGCUGGCCCAACUCAACCACUCCAUCACAGCAGAGUCUGAGGACAAUGAGGAAGACGAGUAGCCCUAUCCAUAGCUUCCAUACUGGACUGUUGAAUGUGUGAAGUAGGAACUACAUAUUAUCUCAUUGGAUUCACUUUGUGGCCAUUAUAGUGGUAAUGUUACCAUAGGGAUUGGAGUAUUGGACCUCACCUAGUGUAGGUUAUAGAACACUAGAAGAGGUGUUGAUUUUAUAAAUAUAGUUGAUAUUCAGAUGAAGGAAUGUUUUGUACCUAUUUCUAUAUUUUGAUCAGGUGUCCAGCCUCUCCGUCUGGCUAUGAGAAGUGUUCUCUAGAUGGUAUCUCAUUAUUCUCUGUACUUUGUGAACCUCAGGCCUUUUUGUGAGAAGUCGCAUUUCAUCUUACUUUGUCUGUGGCUUUUCCUGAUACUCUGCAACGACGGCUUCAGUUCUGACUGUUGUCAAUGUGCUUGUUUACCAAAGAGAAUGCAUUUAAUUUAAGAAUUUUUACGAAUGUUAAAAAAAUACAAAAUUUUAAAAAGAAAAAACAUUUGCUUGAAAUGAAUCACCCUGUUCUUCCUUCUGAAAUGGCUAAUUGAACGUUAAUAAGGAAGCACUUUGUUACAGUAUAUGAAUUACUAGGUAGUUACAGUACUAAUUACAUACAUAUGGUAAUUGCAAUGAACCUAUUGAAUAUGAAUAAAAAUCCAGUAUCUGGAUUAGAAGCUACAUUUUUAUAUUUAUGUAACCAGAAUAAAAGUGUCAGGUUGUUUCAAACUCAA